AUGGCGCUGCCGUCAGCAUUCUGUCGCCCAGAGCACUUCACCAGCUCCAAAGAGAACUCUGUAUCAGACAGAAGCGACAGGCAGUCUCCCAACAGCCCAACCCCUGAAGCCACUAGCCUCUCACUGUCAGACAGACACCGCAGCAGGGCUGCGUCCCUGGGCAGAGAGAGGAGACACCAGGGCAUGGACUCAGCCUUUCACCCUGACCAGCACUACUCAGACGAGGCAGAGAUUGAGCCAGCCAGCACUAKUAUUAGUAGAAGUGGUAKGUUUYYUAGSGUGGCSSAGSCAUCAAACACGCACAGAGCCCACAGCCCCAGCAGUGGAGGAGAGGGGCCUGAGACCYGGACWUCUAGUCUGAACUCUGACCCUCCACCCUCUGUCCUMGCYGCUGCMCCCRCYYCCCCACCUCGGAGCARCUCCRKGGGCCUCUCCUCCUCCYGUGUCYGCCCCKCUGKAGAGCAGMRGCAGAGCCAGGGGGCCGGGCAGCCCAUGGAUAGUUUACAUUCCUCACAUAGCUCCUCCAGACCGGUGGCCCCCUCCUCUGAUAGAGCUUCARCCAGGGCAGCMAUCACAGCCCGCUGGAGGUUCAGCUCAGGAGACGAAGAAGAGGAGUACCACCGAGCAGGAGGAAGGAGUGCUCCCUCGUUAGGUGUCAGCGGAGGUUACCUCUCCCGCGGUAAGAAUGGUUGGUGGGGUGGGAAGGUCCUCGGGAAGUCUUCAGGCAGUGAAGAGGACAGCCCUGCGUCACUAGGACCCAGCCGAGACACCAUGAGACGCCGUUCACUGAGGAAGAAGAAGAAGAACAGUGAAGUUGCCAUAGCAACGGGACGAGACAAUGGUGAAUCAGACGACAGCGACGACGAGCAGACAGGUAUGAUGGAACACCUGGAGAGACACCAACAGAACACCGCCGCCACUACAGAACAGACUGGUAGCUCUCGGAACCGUCUCAGAGAACCCGAAGGCUCUAGAAACAGUGCAGCGCAAAGGGGACGCAAUUACACUCCUAACCAGAUGGUGGCGCAGGAGAGCUACAGACGCCAAUACACCUCAGGCGGGCCGGGGACAUCAUCUCCCUUGACCACGCCCCUCACAGGGGUAUCACGGGUGUCAAAGGUCAACAUCUCAUCGUUUAUUUCGAGUCCCGGCAGCUCGCAGACCAGCAGUAGAUACUGUAGCACAGAGACACUGAAAGAAGAGGACCAAGCUAGCUAUGCUAACAGAAUGGCUAACACUACUACUACUACCACCCCAGGCAGUGUGGUUGGUGCAUCCUCCUCCAUGCUCAGUAAGACCUACCACGGUAACUUCACCAUGUACCGCUCCCCCAGCUUCGGACAUGGGGAUAACUUAUCCCGCGCCCCUGCGAGAGUCUGCCCCCACCUUCUUCCCCCUGUCAAUCCACCAUCUCCAGCCACAGGGGACACUCGAGGGGUUACUAGGGAGGAGACUACAGUGUUCCGGCGGUUGAUCAGUGGUGGCGUAGUCGGGGAUAAGGACAGGAACAGGAUGUCAAUGUCAAACCCGGAUAUCACUUCGGAAACAUUGUCCCUCCUCAGCUUCCUGAAAAGUGACCUAUCAGAGCUCAGAGUUCGGAAGACGGACAGGUCAGGGGUUACUGAGGGGUCAUCUGCGGUGUACAGGAUGGGGUCAAGAGGUCUCCACCCAGGACUCCGCCCUUCAUUAAAGGACCUCACUGCAACUCUUCGACGCGCCAAAUCCUUCACUUACUCUGAUAAACCAGUAGGGAGGCAACAUCCAGAUGGGUCCUCGGCCAAAAGAAGCUCUUCUGAGCAACGUCUGGAUUUAGACGGAGAGCGUGAUGGAGGGAAGGGGGCGGUGCCUGCCAGAGAGGUGGAGAGUGACGGAGGGGACUGCAGAGCAGGUGGAGCAGGGGGUUAUGGGGAUGAGGAAGUGAUGCCCACUCCACUGCAGGACAGGUAUGUACAGGAGGCCAGACAGGUGAUCAGAGAUAUCUGCCAGAUGAUCGCUCGCAAGGAUGAUGAUAACGAGGAUGAUGUGCUAGCGACAGAUUCCACUGAGGAUGAGGGUUUCAAAAGGAAACAAGUGGAGGAGCAGGAGAUAAAAGAGAGGGAGGGGAGAGCUGGAGAGGCUGAGGUUGACAUUGGGGCAGCCUCCAUUUCAGGGGAACAAGAGAAGAGGGAGGGGAGAGCUGGAGAGGCUGAGGUUGACAUUGGGGCAGCCUCCAUUUCAGAGGAACAAGAGAAGAUGGAGGGGAGAGCUAGAGAGGCUGAGGUUGCCGUUUCAGGGGAACAAGAGAAGAGGGAGGGGGAAUGUGAAAACAGGGAAAAAGAGAAGUGCCAGCAGAAGGGAGAUUCUGAGGAGAACGUGUUUUAUGACCGAUCUGUUGAUGAGCUAUCGGGUCACGAGUCGAGCCUCACUGAUGAGGGCAUAGUCACAGAACCAGAGACUGGACCUGGUGACCCUGAGAGGUUAUUUGUGGGGUCAAGUUUAGGAUCAUCGUUGGCCAGAGAUGUGCUGGGUCAACCCCUGACCAUCUGGAAGCAGUCUGCUCUGCAUGAGGAGAAAUGGCCAGGGUUAAACGAGGGAAUGAGAGAGGGAUCAGGGUUACACGCAGGAGCGAGAGAGAAACGAGAGAACCCUGUCUCUGUUCCUGCUCUUGGGACUGAGACUGAGAGCAUUGAUAUAGUAACAGAGAUGAGCAGCGUCAACAACAACAGUACUAGUGGGAGGACUAAUGUAUCCCACAGUGCCUCAGCCCCAGGACUUGAGGCUCCUCCCACGCCGAGCGCUAUCCGCCGCCGCCGUAAAUUCUCCUCAGCAGGGAACACAGGCUCUGACUCCAGUAACGGCAGCAACGGGGAGUCCAACGGGAACGGGGAUCCUACUGUUUACCGUUCGCUAAGCGACCCCAUGCCUCACCGGCGCCACUCUGUGUCAGAAGAAGGGAAUAACAGUUUCUCUGUGGAUAGUAACCUGCUGGGGUCGCUCUCUCUCUCCUCCAAGGGGGCAGGAGGAGUAGGAGGUGGAAGUGUCCCAGAGUCGUCCUCUGCAGCUGAUCUAUCAGAGUGCACGGGCAGCGUGACCAGCGAGCUAUCGGUGUGCAGUGACGGUGGUCUCCGUGACGAUAGUCUCCGUGACGACUACAGCAAUGUGAUCCGGAGCAUUGUUGCAGAGCCAGGAGCAAUGGACAGAUUGAUGACGGAUGACAAAAACAACGGGAAAGCCACGAAGAAGAAGUCCUUCUCGGACCCCAGUCGCCGUGGUGAUGGCCACCUGCUUGACGAAUCAGGGUUCAAAAGUCACCAUCACCCCAACGAACCAAUCAGUGAGCUGGAUCAGCUUGGUCAGAUCCCGCCCUCCAGCAGUGAGCCAAUCCUGAGUGAGCAGAGAGACGAGCUGUGGGAGCUCGGAGACGAACGUGGACGUCCAUUACGUAGUCGCCUUGUCAACAAUGAAGGUGGCAAACUCCGCUCCCAAUCAGAAAGGGAGCUGCACUCCUGUCUCUUUGCUGAUGACACAGAUGGAGGGGGAGGAGGGCAGAUAUUGAACUUUGACCCCAAACUUGCGGAGGUUCUAUCUCCCAGAAUGGGCCGGCGGGCCUCCAGGAAACGCCCCAACCGAGUCGCGCAAACAGCAUCAGAGGAGCUGGACCACUCGGAACCAGGUCCAGAAGACCACGGUCCAGAGGAGAGCCAGGAUCAAGACCAGACUGAGCUCAACCCCCCACUGCCCCCGCCCCCCCCCAAAUCCAAAGCCAGGUCCAAGCACGUCCGCCAUGCCAGCGAACCUGCCACCUUCAUCCCCAUCUCCCCACCUCCACAGCCCCAGCGUGUACAGGCGGACCCGCCUGCCCUGCUACCCGCCUCUGAACUCUCCAUCCUGGGUAAGCCCACUGGUGAGGAGGCCCCCUCCCUGGAGGAUGUGACCAAGCGGUAUAUUCUGGCCCUGAAU